AUGUAAAAAUAAAUAGAAGAUCUGAGUUUCUCCUCAAGAAGAGUCCACAACACAGAAGCAAAGCUGAAAUCAAUUUCUUUGGUGCAAUUAAUCUCACAGCUCCCAUUUUUUAAAUAUACAUGA